AUGACGAGAGGAAUAAGAAUCCCAUUGAUUCUGUUCUGUUGCUUACUAUUGGCUGCAUACACUGACUCUAAGCUUAUUAUACACAUGAAGAAAGUAGAAAUAGUAAACAAUCCCAAGUAUGCCAAUGCGACUGCGAAUAUCCGACACUAUGGCCCAUCGCUGAGGAGUUACGUGGCAGAUUUUCGCCUCGAAACGUUGCAAACGUUUUUCAUUGGAAUGGUUACUACCAUCUACUAUGUUCCCAAUAUGGCUGGCAGGUAUGACAAAGCGUUCUACAAUCGGACGAUUAAUUUCUGCACAUAUCUACGGCAACCAUUAACCGAUCGUAUACUGAAGUUGGUAUAUGAGAAAUUGAACCAACGAGGAAAUCUGCCGAAGCGUUGCCCAAUAUUGGCCGGAACAUAUUCGUUCAACACAAGCUUUGAUAGCUUCAAUUUGCCCGGGUUCCUGCCGGAGAGUAGUUUCCGGUUUGAUCUUAAUUUUCACCGUGGUCCACCAUCGAACGAACUCAUCUUUCAUGGUUAUUGGUACGGAGAGCUACGAAGAGUGUCCUCCUAA